CGCCCAGAUCUGGAUCCCGCCCCCCUCAUCGGCGCCUCCUCCCCCGCGCGUCCGAGACCUAGAUCCGCCGCUUCCCCGUCAAGCUCCCCAGUCUCCCCCUCCCUGCUCGGUCCGUAUGGCGGCUUGACGGCGAAUCGGAUCUUCCUCGGCCUCCUCUCCCUGCGCCCCUCUGGUCGCCAUGGAGCUCGCCUAUAGGUUUUCUCAAACUCCUCGCCGCCGGUUUUCUCAAAUUGUCAAUUUGAGAAAACCUCUACACCCGGAUCCGCCGCUUCCUCGAACUCCUCGCCGCCGGCUCUCCUCAGCUCCGCCGACUCGCUUCGCUGUCCUCCUCGCCCCAGGCCCCAGCCUCCUCCUGAUCCCAGAUUCGCCUCGCCGGCCCCAGGCGCCCGCCACGAGCGCCGUCAAGCGAAGCCGUUCUUCCCUGGUGCGUGCCGCUGGCGUAGCUGCCAGGCUCCUUCCGCCGGAGCACGUCGCGGCCAGCUGGUCCCUUGCUCGUCCUCCACCGUCGUCGCGGCGGACUUCGUCCCCCUCCCGAAAGCACAGAUCCGCACGGUCUCGGCUGCAUUUCUCCACUUGCUGGUAAGGAAGCUCGCUCCGAUGGAUUACUCCGAGGGUUAGUUCCGCCCUGGUCUUCCGUUUCUACGCUGCCAGCAAUCAAGUUCCAAGUCGUCGAUGGACUGCGAUUUGUUCGCUGCGUGGUGGAGCAGCAGCACCAGAUUAGUCUCCAGGAUUUUUCGGGGGUCAGCUGAUGCCCCGGGCCCGUCGCCAGCGAGGCCAGCCAUGCCGCUUCACCAGAAGCAGGCGGGGCUCGCUGCUAGCAAGCUAGGCGUGAGGACAUCGAAGAAACACAGGGCUUUUGUCGCAAGCGAUGAGCAGUGGUACAACAAGAUUUUUGAUCCGUCAAGCGACUUCAUCUUGACAUGGAACCGCAUUUUCUUCUUCUCCUGCUUCGUCGCGCUACUUCAUCUUGACAAGCGAUGUUUGUUUUUUUUCCUUUCCUCUUUCUACUUGGUUUUCAUUUAACGAAUUGGUAUCGCUGAUGCACCAGUUUAAUUUGGUGCCCUAUUAUUUGUUCUUUCCCUGGAGAGAGGGAUCGACACCUGUACCAUUGCUUGCCAUUUGUCUGGACCAGUUCAACAAUUCGAUUUAACCAUCGCGU